AAUUUGAUGACGUUCAUAGACUUCCUGUUUUCAUUUGACUAAAAAGUUGUGUCGUGAAAGCUGUCAAAAUAUACAACAAUGAGUUGGAUCUUUGGAAAUAAAAACAAAAACACCUCUUCAUCACAAACAAAUCUACAGGCCCACAGGACAAAACAAAUCGAUUCUCUAAAGAAAGCAAAUUUGAAUCCAAUUGAAGUUCUACCGAAUACAGAAUACAGAAUAACAUUUGUUACAGGAAACAAUAACAUAACUUUAGUCGUAUCUCUCCCUCCUCUGUUCCCACAAGACCCACCCUCAAUAUCCGUUCAUCCCCCAGUAUAUCAUCAAUGGGUCGACUCGACAUCGAAAAUUAUCAACUGUCCAAAUCUCUCAUCAUUUUCCAUGCAUUCCAGUCUCGCUGCAGUAGUUCAGUCCAUUAUUGAUGAAUUUAAGUUGCACCCCCCUCAGCUUCAAUCAAAUAAUUUUGGUGUAGUGGGACCCCCUCCAUUUCCCCCGGCUACUUCCUCAGUGUCUGGUUAUUCUAGUUCUGGGAGUCUAGCAGGUUACUACCAGCCACCAGGUGCUCAGUAUGGAACCGGUCAGCCAGAACCAAUGCAAGGCACUGAAAAUUCCACAGAGCAGGCUGGAGUAUCACCAGGUAGAGUUCCUGAUGUGUUUUCAGCCUUUCCAGAUCUUAAAACAAAAAGCCUUACACAAUUGUAUGAAUUACAAGAUGAAGAAGACAAAAUUUUAGAAAUGAUCCAGAAAUUACCAGAGGUGGGAAAAUUUGCCGAGGAAAGAGAGAAAAUUUCCAGUGAAUGCAUCGAAUUGGCUAGAAGCAAUUUAAGUUAUAAACCAAUACUGGAACAACUCAGACAAUGGAUUUUAGAAAAGAACAACGUUUAUGAGAGAGCACAAGAAGAGUUUGAACAACAUCAGAAGAGACUAAUGACCAGAUCAGAGGAUUUUCACCCCUCUGUGAUCCAAAACAACCUCAAGGUGGCACUAAUGGAAGCAGAGGAAGAAUCUGAAAGCAUUGUAGACCAGUUCCUGGAAAAAAAAAUGGACGUGGAGGAAUUUAAACAGAGAUUUAUUCAAACAAGAAGUUUGUGUCAUGCCAGAAGGUCUAAGGAUGAAAAACUAACUCAAAUAAUACUACAGCAUGGAUAUAGAAGCUGAAAAACUUGCUGUGCAUGAGUUUUGAGGUUCAUAAACCGGUCCCGAAUUUGUGUUGGAAAUCACUUCUCAUAAAGUCACAUGAAAAUAUUCGCAUCCAUUAUGAAUGAAAACAUUUAGGAAGAUUUCUGUCUGAUUGAUUUUUCAAAAGAGCUUUAAAACAGGGUUUAAUCUCUAUAAUUUGUAUCAAUUUGUAUAAUCAGAUCCAGAGAUUGAGCAUCCAACAUUGUUUUAUCAUAUGCAUGUAAAUGUACAAGUACUUCCAACUAUAUUUAUAUAAUAUAAGCUCAGCAAAUACACUAAACAUUGUAACUUCCAAAGAAUACUUUUAAAGAGAAAGAAGUCCAUAAUUAUUUUUAAAAAUUCAAUCAUGUAAAAUUUGGAAUGAUUCAUGCUUUUCAUUUUUCUACUCAACUGGAACAUUGAGUGAAGACUUUUGUACUAUUGUAUUUUUGUUUCAUUUACUUUUGUUUAAGAUACAUGUAGUCUCUGUGCAAUACAUCUUUUAAAUGUUCCCCUAUAGACCGAUGUCUUUAAAGAACAGAUGGUAUUUUAUUCAUUGCUUUCAUACAGACAUUAGCACGAAUAAUGAUUACUUUGUAUUUGCCUAUUAACUUACCAUUGUUAUUUUUCAAGAAAAGAUUUGUUGGUUUAAUUGAUUCUAAAAAAAAUGAAAUGUUUGGUGUGAAGUUUCAUAUAGUAUAUUUCUGACAUGGAUUGCAAGUAUAAUUUACCAGAAAAACUUGAGCGAAAAAGUCAACAACUAGACAAAAAGUGUAAGUAAUUUAUAAUGCACUCAUCUUGUUGUGUAAAGUUUUUUGUGAAGGAAAGAAGAUGGUUGUUAAAAGGCUGCAGUUACAAAAACUGUUAUGUGAUAAAAGCUAUUGAAAAAUAAAUAUUGUUAACCAUUAA